GUUAGAAUGCUUAGCAGCAGUACCCAAAACAAAAAAAAGUAUUAUUCUUAGUGUAUUAGUGUCAACACUGACUGCAACCAAAACAAAAAGGAAAAUAUGCAUUCCACUUUGCUGCUAACAUUUGGUGUUUUGCUCUUACUAACUACACUAGCAAACCAUUGUCAGGGCAAUGAAAGUCCAGGGUUCUUCUUGAAGAUCACUAAGAAUGUACCGCGCCUGGGACGACGCUCGGACAGUUAUUUCUUGAAGAAUAUGAAGACAAUACCACGCAUCGGACGUCGUGGCGAUGGGGAACUGGACGUCGCCCUUUUGCCUUCGCUUUCUAAACGUAUGCUUAUGAAUCCAGCCGAAGCAGCUGCAGCCGCGGAACGUGAAUACAGCCUGGUGCAGCCGGUCACUUCGAAUACACUCAUUGAGUUGCUGAAUAAGAAUGCAAUCGCGCCGGAUAAUAUAAAAUUCAUACACUGGAAGGACUUCGAUCGUGCACUACAAAGGGACACGGAAUUGUAUGGCAAGCUGAUUUCGUUGGGUCGUAAGCCAGAUCAACGACUGAAGGCCGAUCUCAAUAUUGAUAUGAACAGUGGCUUUACACCGCUAGUAUCGAAUUCCAACAGCAAUGAUUAUAUAUAUUACAACAAAGACGUGGACGAGAUGUACGCGCCGAAGUACGGUGGAGAUUUUAUGCGCUACAAUCAACUGGAUUAGGAAUAAGCAAGCAUUUUUUGAAGAUUUUGUAACAUUUAUUGUAUUAUUGGGCAUUGAAUAUGGUAAUCUAUUAUGGU